GUGGGGGGGCAGCACAGACUGGGAGAGCCAGCAGCAACAAGUGCCUUCCCUCGCCUUCUUCUUCCUCCCUUCCUUCCACAUUCUGCGCGCCGUGGAGCUUGGAAGUGGUGCUGGGGUCUUUGGAUAUGACAGUCAGUCGGCGCUAACCCGGGUGGAUCUUUUUGGGGGGGUUGUUUUGUUUUGUUUUAUUUUGUCUUUAUUUUUUUGUCCCGCGCUAAGAUGAGUUUCAGCCGGAGGUGCUCGGUGCCGGGGCUGGCGGUGGUGGCUCUGGUCCUGCUGAGCGCCGCGGUGCAGAGAGCCGAGGCUGCGGCUUGCCAUGGAUGUGGAGGUUCCAAAUGUGACUGCAGUGGAGUAAAAGGAGCGAAGGGUGAGAGGGGUUUACCGGGUCUCACUGGACAGCCGGGCGUCCCAGGCUUCCCCGGACCUGAAGGACCCAUCGGACCUAGAGGGGAGAAGGGAAGUGAUGGACCUCAAGGACUAACUGGUCCGAAGGGAAUAAGAGGACCUCCUGGAUUACCAGGAUUUCCUGGAAUGCCAGGGCAACCUGGUCUACCAGGACAAGAUGGUCCUCCAGGCCCAAGAGGAGUGCCAGGUUGCAACGGGACAAAAGGUGAACAGGGUUUUCCAGGAAGUCCAGGAAUCCCCGGACAGCCAGGUUUACUGGGUCCACCUGGUCUUCCAGGAGAAAAGGGCGACCCAGGUGAUGUGAUUUCCACCAAUCGGUUUGGAGAAAAAGGAGCAGUGGGUUUACCUGGAUUACCAGGAGCCCCGGGUCGUUCUGGACCCCCGGGUUUACAAGGUCCAAUUGGCCCUCCAGGACCCAGAGGAUAUGAGGGUCUUCAAGGUCCUCCCGGCCCCCCUGGACCGAAGGGAAACAUGGGUUUGAACUUCGAAGGACGCAAAGGAGAAAAGGGUGAACCAGGUUUGCCAGGACCCCCUGGUCCUCCAGGACAAGUAGGAACAGGAGAACAGAAGAGACCACCAGAGUCAGAGAUUCAACGAGGGGAAAAGGGUGACCAAGGACCUCCUGGCCCCCCUGGUGAUCCAGGUUUUCCAGGUCCACCUGGUUCUUCAGGUGGACAGAAAGGAGAGAAAGGAGAGCAGGGAGAAGUAGGCAAACGAGGAAAGUCAGGCAAAGACGGAGACCCGGGCCUGCCAGGAAGCCCUGGACUCAAAGGAGAACCAGGCCUGCCGGGUCCUCCGGGCAGGGAUGGAGAAAGAGGACUAAAAGGUGAUCGAGGAUACCCCGGUCCUCCGGGAGUUGUAGCCGGUCCUCUAAAUGGAGGUAUUGUUGGCCCUAAAGGUGAGCCUGGUUUAUCUGGAACACCUGGAAUCAAAGGAGAUAGAGGACCACCAGGUUUUACAGGACCUCCAGGAUCACCAGGGCUUCCAGGUAUAGGUGGGAGUGGUCCUCCUGGACCUCCAGGUUUCCCAGGAGACAAGGGUCAAAAAGGAGUCCCUGGAGAGCCAUCAAUUUCUUUGCCUGGUCCCCCUGGACGGCCGGGGAUUCCUGGGGUUGCUGGUCCACCAGGUCCCCCUGGACUUCCAGGUUUUUCCAGCUCAGGCCAAGCCUGCAUUCCUGGGGCACCAGGCCUUCCUGGGGUCCAGGGUGAAAGAGGCUAUCAAGGAGAGCAAGGCCAGAAAGGUCAGAAGGGUGAGACUUGUGUGAAUUGCGUUGGAGGAACCAAUCCCGUUCCUGGACCCCAAGGACCUCCAGGACAGCCUGGAUUACCUGGACAACCCGGCCCACAAGGUAUCAAGGGAGAAAGAGGAUUCCCUGGAAAUCUUGGUCUUGUUGGGCCUCCUGGUAGGCCUGGUCCUCUCGGUGCUCCAGGCCUCCCAGGAGAAAAGGGAGACCCAGGGGAUGCCCUUACAGUCCCUGGUCUUAAAGGUGCAAAGGGUGACACUGGCUUUCCUGGAUCACCCGGUCUGCCUGGUCUGGAUGGCCAACCUGGACGUGAUGGCCAACCUGGACCUCCUGGUCCCAAGGGAGUGCCUGGCUCUUUAUUGCUGAAAGGCGAUCGAGGGCUUCCUGGUGAGCCGGGUUUGCCUGGCAUUCCUGGAGACAGAGGUCCCCCAGGUCCCCCUGGAUUUGGACUUCCAGGACCAGCAGGAGAUAAAGGAGUUCAAGGCAUCUCGGGGAGACCUGGAGGUCAAGGUUUACCUGGUCCUAAAGGCGAACCAGGACUUACAAUAUCAGAUAAAGGUCUACCAGGACCCAAAGGGCAGGAUGGUGAGCCAGGACUGCCAGGUGCACCAGGUUCCCCAGGUCUGCCUGGUCAACCUGGUUUUACAGGUUUACAAGGACCAAAAGGUGAUCCUGGAUUAUCAGGAAUUGGGCUCCCAGGUCCUUCAGGGGCUAAAGGAUUCCCAGGUAUUGCUGGUCAGCCAGGAGCUCCUGGAAAACCAGGGAGGCCAGGAAUAGAUGGAUUUCCUGGCCAGCCUGGCCUUCCUGGACCCAAGGGUGAACCCGGGUUUGGGCUUCCCGGUCCUCCAGGUUUACCAGGACAGCCUGGACCUAAGGGUUUCACAGGACCAAAAGGAGACCCUGGUUUCCCUGGAAACCCUGGUCCUCCAGGUCGGCCUGGAUUUGACGGACCUACAGGGUCAAAAGGUGAACCCGGUACACCUGGAAUACCUGGCGGUCGUGGGCCACCUGGAUUGCCCGGUAUUGGUUUACCGGGACCUGCAGGUCCCCCAGGUCCUCCAGGUCCAUUAGGACCACCAGGCUAUCCGGGAGCAAAUGGACCAAAAGGAGAUCCUGGUCCCCCAGGUCUAGACAUCCCAGGUCUACCAGGAGACAGAGGAAGUCCUGGUUUCCCAGGUCUCCCAGGAUCAAUAGGACCUCCAGGACCCCCUGGAGGACCUGGGCGGGAUGGAAUACCAGGACCGUUAGGUCAGAAAGGAGACAUGGGUCCUAUGGGACCUCCAGGACCUCCUGGGGGACCUGGCGCACCAGGAGGACCUGGCCUGGCAGGAUUAAAAGGCGAACCAGGAUUCCCAGGUAGAGAUGGUGCACCAGGCGUUAGUGGGCUUAAAGGCGAGAGGGGAGAUACUGGACCUCUAGGACCCCCGGGAAUCUUUGUGCCAGCAAAGGGAGAAAAAGGAGAUCGUGGACUCCCAGGUCUACCAGGACAGUCGGGACCAAAAGGUAUCUCUGGUCUUCCUGGUGACCCUGGAGUAGCAGGAGAAGAUGGGCUCCCUGGAAUUCCCGGACCACCAGGUCCUAAAGGAGAGCCUGGAAUUCCAGGUGUUCCAGGUUCUUCUGGGCUUCCAGGACCAAAAGGCAACAUGGGAGAAAUGGGAAUUCCAGGACCUCCAGGGCUGAAGGGUGGAUUCGGUUCCCCAGGUAGGCCAGGACCGCAAGGUCAGGCAGGAAUUCCUGGCAGCCCGGGACCCAAAGGGGACCCAGGUUCUGCUGGCGUCGGACCACCUGGAAUUCAAGGACUGAAGGGUGAGCCAGGCCAGCCAGGAUACCCAGGAAGUCCUGGACUAAAAGGAACCCCGGGACAACCUGGUCUCCCUGGUUUACCUGGCAUACCUGGUGAGAAAGGUGACCCCGGACUCCCAGGAUUUCAAGGUCCCCCUGGUGGCCCUGGUCCUAAGGGUUUCGAUGGCGGGCCUGGUGCCCCUGGUCUCCCGGGAACCCUAGGUAGGCAAGGAGAGUCUGGUCGACCAGGACCACCAGGACUGAUCGGAGAGAAAGGCCAACCAGGUCGAGAUGGGAUCCCAGGGCCGGCCGGAGUCAAAGGAGAGCCAGGGAUUCCUGGUUUUGGUGGUCCAGGCCCCUCAGGGCUUCCAGGCCCACCAGGUGCUAAGGGAGACAUAGGUCCUCCUGGUCAACCUGGCACUCCAGGUUUCCCUGGUAUCAAAGGAGACCCCGGCCUGCCUGGUACCCAAGGCCCCCCAGGUUCUACUGGCCCUCCAGGACCUCCAGGACUGCCUUUGCAAGGCCCUAAAGGAAAUCAAGGACCCCCUGGACCACCUGGAAGAGGAGGCCCCUCAGGUCCUCCAGGUCCACCUGGCCCAGAAGGUCCCCGUGGACUCCCAGGAAGUGGCGGUGUGAAGGGAGAGAAGGGUAAUCCCGGUAUUCCUGGCCAGCCUGGAUUUGCUGGACAAAAAGGGGACACUGGGUUUCCGGGAUCUCCGGGCGUCCCUGGUAUUCCUGGUGUCCCUGGUGGGAAGGGAGAUAUCGGAGCAUCUGGUCCUCCUGGAUUCCCUGGAAUGAAGGGGGAGCCAGGACAACCUGGCAUAAGUGGUCUUCCUGGAGAUCCUGGCAAUCCUGGAAGUCCUGGUCUUCCUGGUGACCCUGCUCAACUUCCACCUUCUACAAUUGUGAAAGGUGAGCGAGGGCCCCCAGGUCCAAGGGGGUUCCCUGGGUCCCAAGGCCUGCCUGGUCCUCCUGGACCUGAAGGAUCCCCAGGUCCACGUGGUGAGACUGGGGAUCCUGGUUCUCCUGGUCCAAUUGGUUUCAAUGGUCCACCUGGGAAGAAAGGUGACACUGGACCUGCUGGUCAGCCUGGUCUGCGUGGCAACACUGGUCCCCCCGGUUCAGACGGACCACAGGGUCCCCCCGGUUUUCCAGGGUCAGUCUCAGCAGCCCACGGUUUCCUCAUCACCAGACACAGCCAGACUGAAGAAGUGCCCCCGUGCCCUGCCGGGACUCAGCCCAUCUAUGAGGGGUACUCUCUGUUGUACGUGCAGGGCAACGAGAGGGCGCACGGACAGGACCUCGGCACAGCCGGCAGCUGCUUGAGCAGGUUCAGCCCCAUGCCCUUCAUGUUCUGCAACAUCAACAACGUCUGCAACUUCGCGUCACGCAACGACUACUCCUACUGGCUGUCCACGCCAAAACCCAUGCCUAUGUCCAUGGAAGCUGUGACCGGGGCGACCAUCGAGCCUUACAUCAGCAGAUGUAGGGUAUGUGAAGCUCCCGCUAUGGUGAUUGCAGUCCACAGUCAGACCAUCCAGAUACCUACUUGCCCACCAGACUGGGAACCUAUGUGGAUUGGAUACUCCUUUAUGAUGCAUACCAGCGCGGGUGCAGAGGGCUCAGGUCAGGCGCUGGCCUCCCCUGGUUCCUGUCUGGAGGAGUUUCGCAGCACACCCUUCAUAGAGUGUCAUGGCCGAGGGUCGUGCAACUACUUCAGCAACUCCUACAGCUUCUGGCUGGCUACUGUGGAGCAAUCUGAGAUGUUCAGGAAACCACAGUCGGAGACCUUAAAAGCGGGUAAUCUACGAUCACGCAUCAGCCGUUGUGUGGUCUGCAUGAAAAGAACCCCGAGGACGUAAUGUCACGUGGCAACAAGCAGAUUCACCGUUGCCAGCUGACGAUCCGAACAGUAACAACAUUUACUCUGACGAGAUGGUGGAGGACAAAUUGGGGUUGCCUAGUCGAUUGUUGGGAUAAAAACAAGGUGGAGUUCCAAUGGUGCAUUGUCUUCCGGAAAAAACAGUUGAAACAAUGGUGCUACUGUGUUACACAGCUUGAAAAACACACAAACUGACGUAAAUACUCUUAUAUUUAGUCUUUGUUUUAAAGUACCUCAAAGCAAAAGAAAAAAAAUUUAUCCGAUAAAUGGUGCCAUGAUGGAUGUAUGACAAGAAAAGUGUAUUUUUUCUUUUUCUUUCCCCCCAAAAGGACUACUUUUUUUUCUCUCUUUCUUUGAAAAUAAUCGCUUUUGACACGUUGAGGAAAAGAUGUGAUUUUGUACCUUCUUUUUGGGCCAUAUUCAUGAGGAAUGGAUGGUUUUCCAUGGUUAACAAAUGGGCACUUUGACUUUGCAACAUCCAGGACGAGAUGCACUGAUAAGCUUUCCUUCGUGAGACUGACUGCCUUCUUCUGGCAAAGCAAUUCAUUCACGCUCUUCCUUCCUCUAUUCUCCUUUCCUGUCAUCCUACAUUACAUUUUGUGACACUAACUCUGCUGUAUCCCACCUGCUACUCACACUUUCUUUAGAUAUUUUUUUAUUUUUAAAUUGUAAGUAAUGAAAUGUGUAUAUUGUGUAAAACACCUUUUGUUUUUAGUGUAUUAGGUCUUCAACCAGCACUAGCUGUUAGAACAAGUUUCCUUUUUUUUCCUCAAGGCUCACACAUGUCUGCAAUCAUUUAUUUUUUUUUUUGCUCAAUAUUUCUUUACACGUCAACUCAGAUAUUGUACAAAGUAAGGCUUUUAUGAAUGGAACAGUAUUUUAUACAUAAUAAAUAUAUAUUUGAGAAAAGAAAAAAUUAUAAAUUGUAUUUGGCUGAGGGGAGAUUUAACUUACAACCAUAUGGCUGGAAUUCAUUAGCCCAAACAUAAAAAUACAAACAGACUUUUUUAUUAUUAAUAAUAUUUGUUUGUCUUUCACGACAUUAACAAGCCGGUCACUUCGAACUUUUGAUUUAAAUUUGUGAAAUGAACAAACGCUAGCGCAAAUAGACAAUUUGCUUUUAGUUAGUCUAAUGCUUACAAAAUGUUACAAAUAAAAGUGCAAAAAUAAAAAUCUAAUAGUGGCAACUUAAAAAAAUAAUAAUAAUAAAAAACACUACAUUUGUUAUGUGUCCUUGAACAUUUCCAGGUGCUGGACCUUGCAAUAAAAACAAUGCUCCGGUAGUUUGGGAUGACUUGAAUUUAUAUCCAAACCUAACUCCGGAUUUUACAGUUUUUUUGAUUUGUUUCUGUAUGUUUUAAUCUGGCUCCCAUUGUCACACCUCUUAUAUGGUUAAAAAAAAUAAAAAACGCUCCCAGUGUAAUCAAAGUCUACAAGAGCUGUUUUAGGAGGGGGAGGGGAAGGAUGUGGGGGUUGGAUAUUUUCCUGUGAUUUUAUUUUUUAUUUUUUUCAUAACUGCUAAUGUUGUCAACCUUGGGUGUGAUUAAAGUUGUGUAUUUGUCUUAUGUUGUUAUUGUUUAUUUUUUUUCUUGUUUUGUUAUGUUAUUCAGAAGUUAUAAAAUUUAAAGACUGAAAUAAAUACUAUGUCCAAAAUGUUGUUUUUUGGAAAAGAAAAGUAUGUCUGUGGCAAAGUGGGAAGUAAUGGGGUUGAACAUACACAAAGAUGGAGUUAGCAAUUUACUGGUUUUAAUCACAAAAGUGUGACAGGAAUAGAGAGUUCACUUGUUUUUAUUGUUUUUGUUGGUAUGUAAUAMGAUAAUGCCAAAAGCCUUCUCUUCUUCUUAAUUUAGCAGAUUGUUGUAACUUUGAAAAACACUKUUCUUUGUACAGUAUGUUCAUUAUUAUCAUUGUUUAUCUUUCAGACAGAGAUGAACUCCUGAGUCUUAAUUUGUACGACUGAAUUUUUCAGUCAGCAAUAUAAGGUCCACCCCCUCCCCAAACUAUAGUUUGUAUUGCAGUAUUUUGUGUCCAAACCAACUAAUCUGUUGUCGCUGUCCAGGGUCCAUACAUGCAGUAUGUUCUCUCAGGGUUAGUAAUGAAAGUCAUGAUAGAUGUUUGGCGUCUCCUUCAAAUGUCUUUUACAACAAAUAAAAAUAAUAUUGAC